AUGCCAAUUAAAUCCCUAGAAUCAUAUCUCUUUGAGCGUCGACUCGUCAGCGCGUCUUCAAUUGAGCUUUUGCAGAAUGCAACAAUUGGUAUCGAUGUAGAGCACUACCUCAGUAGAAUCUAUACCUUUAAAAAGGAACAGUACCUAGCUGGCGUGGGAGGAACGCCAGCGUCGCUCAAGGACUACGUGCGACUGGACUUGCAAGUCUUCCAAGAAUUCAAUAUUAAACCGAUUUUCGUGAUUCCUGGGUUAGCAAUUGAGUCCCAGCAUGAAGACUAUCCCACUAACGAAUUGUCCCCUCAAGAACAACAUCGCUUAACCACUUGGAACAAAUUGCAAUCGAGACUGGCCAACCCAUAUCUUUACAACAACCUGAACACUGACUCAUUCAGACUAUUCACUGACCCCUUGCCAUUGAGACCUAUGAUCAAUGAUUUGAUUUUGUAUUUCAUUGCCAAUGGUAUAGAUUACUUAAUCGCUCCGUACGACGCGUCCUUCCAGUUGUCCUACUUAUAUAAUAUCGGACUUGUCGACUCUAUCUACGGUUCUACAGACAUUUUACUCUGUCAAGUUGAUAAAUUCAUCUUGGGAAUGGAAUUUUUAACAAAGGACUUUAGAUUUAUCGAAAGACUGAAGGUAUUAUAUGAAUUAGGCUUGCUGGAGAAACAGUUUGUUGACUUAAGUGUAAUGGUCGGGUGUAAUUUACAGCCAGUCACCUUCCCAAACUUCCCACCUUUACCCAAGCCUAACCAUAUCCAGCCCUACCCUCAAUUGAACUAUUUUAAGUUGGGAUUGGAAAUCAUCUUCCAAUUGAAUGGAUACAAUCCAAACUCACCUGCUGAUUUGUACGCCUAUAUAAUAAGUCUUAACGAUCCAAAGUUGUUGGAAUUAUAUUACAAGGGGCACUCUUCAAUGAAAUACUUGCCAAUAUUGAACAAGGAUGGAUAUGUUGAAUUGUAUCUGGUUGAAAUGGAAAAGUUGAGAAAGCAAAAGGAGGAAGGAACAAAGAGCAGCAAGAAGUUGAAUGGAUCCAAGGUAGAUAGUAAGAAUCAAAAAGAUAGUGGUGAUCAAAAUGGAGAUUCAGCAUCUGACUCCACCACCUCUAUUAACAUUCCUAAUGAUGUGCAUGAAAUUAUCUCUCAGAAAUUGCCCCCUGAACUUUACUUUUACCAAUCCUUGGGUUUACUUCCUUUGCAACUACUUGAGGCUAUUACGCAAGGAAAGUUAAACAUCAGACCUUCUCCUGAUGGUGGAUUACCAGAUAGUUACAAGAAGUUGAUAACUUCUAGUUUCUAUGGCGACAGCUUGGACUAUCAAUUCAAUCUUAUAACUCAACUAUUAGCUAGGUACUACCAGGUGAAGAAGAUACAAAUCAGUUAUUGGUUCAGGGAAGGAACUAUUGAAUUAAACAAUAGAAUGACUCCGAAUGUUCACCAGAGGGUGUCUAAUUUGUGGAUCAAGGACGAAAAGACAGAUGAAAAGUUCAGCUUCUUUGACUUGAUAACUAACUUGGGCGAUAAACUCAAGAUUUCUGGUGAAAGGGAGAGAAAUUUCCAAAUAUCGACUAACUCUGAAAUAAUUUCCACGGCCCUCACUAGAACAUUUUAUUUAUUUGGAAUUCUUGAUAACAAGACCAAUGAAUUAAGUUCAAUUGGAAAUUCCAUCAAGAAAUUGCUAGUGGAGGAAGAAAUCACCAGUGAUGAAGAAAUUCAAGAGCUUUUACUUUUGCUUCUCUUUAUCAAGGCAAACGUAUUCAAGCUCAAUGAACCAAUCAAGGAUUACUACAGUAUACCUAAGUCAUUCAAAGACCCUACCAAUUCUAAUGAAGAAAUCUCUUCAGUGGAAGGGAAACAUAUAACCUUGAUUCUGAGAAUUUUUGCCAUGCACAAAUUAAAUAUUUCAGCAAUUAACUAUCAGGGUCCAAUUUCCAGAUCAUUGCAGAGUUUCAGAUGUCACAUUAAGUUCAUCUUAAGUAAUGUCAGCAACAUGUUGCAGUGCUGUCUUUUAGACUUAAACGCUAGGAACCACACUCCAAUCAGAUUGAAUUAUGAAUCUAGAGAGGAAUGGUAUGAAUUGGUUGAUGAAUUACCAUUUUAUAAAGACUGCAACAACACUCUAUUGGGUGUAGUAGCAGAAAUCUAUUUCGAGUAUUCAUUGAGACAAAAAUUAAGCUACAAGGAGAGAAGUAAAGAAGAGAUUAUUUCAAAUACAAACGACCACUUGUUGAACUCAAUUUUCCAAGUCAACAAUCCAUCUUUUAACAUCAACGUCAAGGGAGCCAACAGUAUCGUUGGAGAUCAAUUGUUUGAGGACUUCAAGGGAGGCUUCAACUUUUGGAAGAAAUUUGUAAAGUUGGCUGAGAUUGUUAACGGCGUUGAUGAUAAAUUGAUCAACAAUGAGUACCUUGAGGGUAUUAAGGAUACUAACAAGUGGAUGGAACAAUUCAUUUAA